CUCGAUUGCCUUAAAUUCCUGCACUCUAUCUGGUUAUUCUCUCAUCACAUCUAUCAAUGGAAACUCUUCCUUCACUCAUUCGUCGCGUUAGUGUACAUGAAGUGGAUGGUUUUGAUAGCAUUGAAGAGCAUGGUGACACAAAAAGAAUUAGAGAUGCUGCUGCAGCGGAGAGUGGGGAAGCUAAAAUUCUUCAUUCUGUUUCUAUCAGCAUGCCGCCUUCUCCUGUUGGAACAACGUUAAACAAGACUCCCAGGACUAACAAGAUGAAGGAUAAGAGGUUUGAUUCUUUCAAGACUUGCUCUGGAAGGUUCGAGAGACAAUUCUCCAAUUUACGUGGGAAGCAGCGCCAAUCACAACAAGAAGAAUCAGAUGGAUCGGAACACAACAUUGAAAUUGAAACUAUACCUGUGGACAGAUACUUCGAUGCCUUGGAAGGCCCAGAAUUGGACACCCUUAAGGCUUCCGAGAAAAGCGUUCUGCCGGAAGACAGGACGUGGCCGUUCCUUCUCCGAUUUACCAUCGGAUCUUUCGGUAUCUGUCUCGGCGUCAGCAGCCAAGCCAUUCUAUGGAAAGCACUUGCCACUUCUCCUUCCACCGAAUUCCUCCAUAUCAGCCUGCAUGUAAAUCUAGUCCUCUGGAUCAUAUCCGUCGCGCUUUUCUCCAUUGUCGCUUUCAUCUACGCUCUCAAAACCAUUCUCUACUUUGAAGCAGUUAGGCGCGAGUAUUAUCACCCGGUUCGCGUCAACUUCUUCUUCGCCCCAUGGAUCGUGGUACUGUUUUUAGCCCUCGGGGUUCCCCCAUCCGUGACUGAAAACCUGCAUUCCUCGUUAUGGUACGUGUUUAUGGCGCCGAUAUUUUGCCUGGACCUUAAAAUCUACGGGCAAUGGAUGUCGGGAGGACAACGUAGGCUGUCGAAAGUGGCCAAUCCCUCCAACCAUCUCGCCAUUGUCGGGAAUUUCGUGGGGGCUUUGCUUGGCGCAACAAUGGGGCUCAAAGAGGGUCCUAUUUUCUUCUUUGCUAUUGGAUUGGCUCACUACAUAGUUCUAUUUGUGACGCUAUAUCAGAGGCUUCCGACAAACGAGACUCUUCCUAAGGAACUUCACCCCGUGUUCUUCUUGUUCGUUGCUGCACCAAGCGUUGCUUCCAUGGCGUUGGCUAAGAUCCAUGGCUCUUUUGACGAUGCAUCAAAGAUCGCUUACUUCAUUGCCUUGUUCCUUUAUUUCUCUCUGAGUGUUCGCAUAAAUUUCUUCCGAGGAUUCAAGUUCUCAUUGGCAUGGUGGGCUUACACGUUCCCCAUGACCGGAGCCGCCAUUGCCAGCAUCAGGUACUCCUCCGCCGUGACCAACACACUGACAAAGUCUCUGGCUGUGAUCCUCAGCGCUGUUGCUUCACUCACCGUAGCCCUGCUGCUGGUGACCACGAUCGUCCACGCAUUCCUUCUCCGGGACCUCUUUCCCAACGACAUUGCCAUCGCCAUCACUGAAAGGCGACCAAAAUCUCACCCCAUAUGGAAGAACCACAGAAUAUCAGGCAGCUGCUCGGAUAUGUACCUUAAAUAUGCAGACACAAAAGAUGUUGAGACUCCUGUCUCUACUCGAAAAGUAGUCCCUCAAUGAACUCAACCUCAAACAUGGAUUCUUUGAUUCAGUUUUCGAUUGUACUGUUCAGGAGUGUUAGUCAAGGGAGGGACUUCAAUCUGUGAUCCAGUUCCAAUGAUCUUGAUUUAAGCAGCAGAUCAGAUAAACACUUAAGGGUGU